GACAUGACGUAGUUACCCUGCGACUGGUAACCGCACGAACUAACGCCGUUUGUAUGAAGUCAGCCAGAAAGCUGCUUUUCUCUGUGAUCUGUGUGCAUGAAGCCCGGGAAACUGAACCGUGUUUGCGUCGUUUAACAGGUGAGCUCUUCGUUUAAUUUUGCUGGUUCAGCUUGAGGAAAUGCUUUUGAAAGAAGUGGGCACAUCCGCACUAUUUUAAAUUGCCACUUCCCCGCGAACUGACAACAAUACAAGUUUCUACAAAUGUUUGCCAACACUCAUAGUCCACACGCCAGGCAUGAUCACACAGCUCAUGCUUGUUAAAAGUGGCUAAAUGCACCUCCUGUGGUAUUCAGUAUAACUAUUACGGCUCAUUCUGCUUGUCAGUAUUACACGGGGGGGCGUGUUUACAUGAUGUACAGUUAUGGUGUUGUUUUCUCAUUGUUAACUGUGUUGCAGUCCCACUCUCAGGAUGAUUGACAUUGAGAGAGGUGCUAGUGAUGCUGGCGCCAAAGAACCCCACAGUAAAAACAAAGACCUGGAGAAAAAGAAGAGGUCCCGAGUCAAACAGCUGCUAAGUGACGUGAAGAGGCAGGUGGAGUUCUGGUUUGGGGACGUGAACCUGCACAAAGACCGAUUUCUGAGAAAACUCAUAGACGAAUCGGAUGAUGGAUGUAAGACUCCAGUAGUACACCACACAAUCAAAUCUGUUAUUGAAUUAAAUGUUAAAAGCUACUGCACAAUAACUCACACCUUAAUCAUGCAUUAUGUUUCAUGUCUUUCAGAUGUUGAUAUAUCUGUUUUGGCGAGCUUCAACCGGAUGAAGAAGCUGACAACUGACACAAAGCUGAUUGCUAGAGCGGUGAAAAACUCAUCCGUAGUCGAGGUGAUAUGAAUCUACUGAAUCUUGUUGCCUUAAAGGGAGAUUCCAGCGUAAAAUUAAUUUAGGGUCAAACACACCAUAACACCGAUAUAGACACCCCCUCGAGAGAUGAAUGUUGCCAACCGCUUGCUUCUCUAGUUAUACCAACUUAAGUAACAACCGCAGAUAGCAAUACACAGCGGUCUUAGGAGCCGUAAACAAACCUCAACCAAAAAGCCACUCUAUAGCCACAAAUAAUGCUCAGAACAGCACCUAACUUCAUCAACAGUACAUAUAGGGUCCCAGCCAUAGUACUAGCCAUCAAACAUCUUUUUAGCUUUGCCUGAUUUCUUUAGCAAAGAGACUAAACACAACUCACCCACUUCCCUCCAGCAGCCGCUUGUUUGUAGUGAGACCUCGGGCCAGUAUAUUACGGACUACAGUUGGGUGAUGCAGCUUAAGGAAGAACUUUUAUGAUCAUUUCUUUAUCAUUUCCUUGAAGUAAUACUCACCAUAUAAAUCAUUUAGCACUGCAGACGCGGUAGUUGAGCAUGGUCCAGACCUGCUCCUUUACUUUGGAAAGCAUCUUGGGAUGACGACUGUUGUGAAUUGGCGCUAUUUAAAUAAAAUUUGAUUGAAUUUGAUAGUUCUUUUGCCUUAGCAUCUCGAUAUGAUUGCAUUUCCAUUAAGUAAUAAUCAUAAAUGUUCUUCCUUGAGCUGCGACACCCCGCUGUAGUCUCUAAUAGACUGGCCCAAGGUCUCGCUACAAACAAGCAGCUGCUGGAAGAGAGUAGGUGAGUUGUGUUUAGUCUCUUUGCUAAAGAAAUCAGGCAAAGUUAAAAAGAUGUUUGGUGGCUAGAACUAUGGCUGGGAUCCUGUUGAUGAAGUUAGGUGCUGUUCUGAGCAUUAUUUGUGGCUAUAGAGUGGCGUUUUGGUUGCGGGAGGGGUAGACCGCUGAGUACUGCUGUUGUAUGGUCAUUACUUAAGUUGGUAUAACUAGAGAAGCAAGCAGUCGGCAACCUUCAUCUCUCAAGGGGGUGUCUAACUCAGUGUUAUGGUGUGUUUGACCCUAAAUAAGUUUUAUGCAGGAACAUCCCUUUAAACUCUUAAACUAGCUUGAAAAGAUUGCAAUUUAGAAACAUGGGUUCCCUUUCUUUUCAGGUUAACCUAGAAGGAACCAAAAUAAGGCGUCAGUUUCCAAUUGGAGAAGUACCAAGUGACGUGGACAGCCGCACAGUCUAUGUGGUAAAAUAAGUUGAAUUAUAGUGCGAUUUAGAGCACAUCAUGUACAUCUAUUUUAUUGGACUUAAAUAUACAUUCUUUUCUCUGGUUGUUUUGAAAAAAUUCUUGCAAAAUGAAAAAACUGUUGGGAUACAAAAUGAUAAGUUUCUCUCUUUUUCAGGAACUUUUGCCCAAGGACGUGAAUCACAGCUGGAUCGAGAGAGUGUUCACAAAAUGUGGGAAUGUAGUAUAUGUUAGCAUUCCUAGAUACAAGACUUCAGGCGACUCAAAAGGUUUUGCUUUCGUGGAGUUUGAGAAAGAGGAAGAAGCACAGAAAGCCAUAGAGGUGAAAAGUUUGAUUAUGAUAUUUCAAUACUGCAGAUCACUCAGUGUUGUGAAAUGUUUGCUUGAGAGUGGAAAAGUCACCAACAGUUUUAAUGUUUGGAACAGAUGCUGAAUAACCCCCCUGAAGAUGCUCCCAGAAAACCUGGGAUUUUCCCCAAGACAAAGAAUAAGAAGCCCCUUCUUCUGCCAGAAGAUGAUCCACCACCAGGUACAGUCAACACAACCUCAGAUCAGAAAAAGCUGUGACAGUGUGCAAAAUGUGGCCAAAAAACAGAAUUGAAUGCUUAAUGUUUAUUAAAAAAUUGCAAAGAGAACAUAUGCAAUCUUGAAAUUGUAACAUUUUAUGAGUAAUAGCAUAUUAGGAUCGCUUUCGAGGUUUAAAUAAAAAAAUAGGAAUAGGUUCACUACUCUGUGGGAAACCUCAAGAGCAAAUAGUUUAACAAUUUCACAAGAAUGCUCUUGAAUUGAAAAAUUCAAGGAACAUGAGAAUUUCCUCUUUGACUGAAUAUUAUGUUACUAAAAGAGUCAGAGAAUGUGGGAAAAUCUGUGUUUAAAAGACGAGGCCCAAAACCAGCACUGGAUGGUUAUGAUCUUCAGGCCCUCAGAGGACAUAACAUCAAAACAGACAUGACUCACAUGUGACAAUCACUGCUGAGGCACAAAAUCAAUCCCAAAUCCUCUCUUAAAUCUCUUCUUCCCUGGACGUGUCGUGACAUAAAUGCAAUUCAUCUUAUUAAAUCAUACAUCUCUACAUUACUCAAGCUGAAGAGGAAGAGAAGAAAAAGAGGAAGAAAAAGAAAAAGAAGGACGGCGCUACCGCACAGGCAUCUGCUGAAGAAUCAAAAGAGCAAGUGAUGGAGACAGAGCCACCUGAGCAAAAGAGGAAGCACACAGCAGGUGGGGACUUUAGGCCAGAAGCUCCCAGUGCUCAGAAAACCCCUGCUAAAGUGUCGGACAAAAAAAGACGACGGUCACAGACAGUGGGAGAAAGUGAGGGUGAAUUGCCAUCAAAGAUAAGAAGGGCAAGUGAGAGUGAAGGUCUGGAGCAAGAGAAGGAUGUAACAAAGACUAGUAAGUUUUUUUUAUUCUUCAUCUUUCUGCCCAAUGAGAUUUCUUUGGUUCUCCUUUUCACAAUAUGCCAGUGUGAUGAGGUGUUUCUAAUGUUAUCCCCCUUUUAGAUCCGCCUGCUCAAAGUGACUCAGAGAGGGUUGUUGAGGAAGGGAAAGAAAACAGAGAUGAAUCAAUUGUGAAAGCAAAGCGGAAGAGAAAAAAGAAACACAAGGAGAAACUGAAAAUUGGGGAAGAGGUGAUUCCCCUUCGAGUCCUCUCAAAGUAAGAGCCAUAUCCUUUUUCUUUGAUAAAUCAUCCAAAAUAAUCAAGUGGAAAAACCCCUCCACACCUACAAUGAUGAAAAACAACAAUUGACAUCUUUCUUCCUCUUUCUCGUGAAGGAAGGAGUGGCUCGUGUUGAAGGAUGAGUAUCUGACCUUACAGAAGCGCAGCAUGAAAUCCCUAAAGAAGUGCAUGACAAAGAUUGAUCACAUGGACACAGACAACGAUCCUCAAGAGGAAAACAGUGAGUCCCAACUCAGCUCAUGUCGAUGUGGAAAAAUGUGUGAUGAGAAAAAUGUAAGUUUUGUUUUGUUGUUUUCUUCCAGAUGAGAAAUGUGACAAAAGUGAGAAGGGGGCUAACCACGGCCCUCAGUAUACAAGCGGUGUCAUCAUGAAGAUCACAGACAACAAGCCGCUACCGGGGAGGAAGAUCAUCAAAGUACAUUUUAUGUUUAGGAACACACUCAGUUUGAUUUUUGAAUGCAUUUCCAUGACCCCGUUUAAUUAUUUGAGUUACUUUGAUUGUAUUAGAGCAAAACAACAAGCACUACAUACACACAGGUGUCCACUAGAUAGCUGUGUUUUCUGUUAUUGAAGAAACUUCAGGGUUAACUCAGGGUUCUCAGUACUAUGAAAGUGGCUCUUUACCAAGGUAGGUCGCCAUGGCAAUUCUUUUUGCUAAUUGAGACGAGAGGAGAGAGACAAAAAUAAUUUUCCAAUAUAGUUUUUAUUAUGUAUACAUAUAAAUAAUAAACCAGGCUUAUUGAGCUUAUCUGAUUAUAUUCCACGACAGGGAGGGGAUAUUUAGACCCCAGCGUAAGGCAAGAGUGAUAACCCCUCACUCUUCCCAUAUUAUCUUGCUUAUCAAUAAAGUCCACUUAUGUUUUACUGUUUAGACGCUGGCAGGUCUGCAGCUGAGAUAAUCCAUCAUACGUGCCACAAGAAUUCAUCUGUGCAACAAAUGAAUUCAGUGGGAGUUAUUAUAAUCAGAUCUAUCAUGCAAUAAUGAUGAGGAAGAAAUAUAAUAACCCUGAGUUUGUGUUUGUAGCUGCAGCUGUGUUGAUUUUCAACCAGAUUGUGCAUUUGUCUCAUGUCACGGUUUGCUCCAAGUUUGUGAAAUACUCUGAUCUAAUGCCUGCUGUUGUGUCGGGUCAUUUACCGCUAGCUUUGCCUACUUUAUGUGAAAACAUUCAAACUCCUGGUUUAACUUAUCAACUGGACAGUCGGCUCUUUGUGAACACUUGGCGUUUGCUUGUAUGUCAGGGUCAGUGAAGCCAAAUAACUGAAAGACAGAGGGGAGAGUGGAAAUCGUUUUGCAGGAAAGGCUUCUAUUAGUGCAUUUAUGCGUUAGAGUGGCUUUUCUUCAUUAAACUACAAUGUCAGUUGUCUGUCUCAGAGAUCUGGAGAUUAUUAACCUUGACUGAAAUUCCUUCUUUUGCAGGAUGCUCUGUCCAAAGUCUCACCUGUGGCAUACGUUGACAUCUUGGAAGGAGAUGCAGAGGGUCACAUCCGCUUCCACAACCCAGAGGGAGCCAAAGCUGUCUGUGAGGCUCAAGCAGAGCUACAGAAAGAGCACAGCUGGAAACUUGAGAUACUCUCAGGUAUGGCCUUUUUGAUUUCCAUGUUUUCAAGUAGCAUCAUAUGUUUCCACUGCUCUUCGGCUGUAAAGAUGAGGAUGACUGCUGUGAUUGACUAGUUAUUCAUGGUAAUUGUGGCAGCGUCCAUCAGCCGGCCUCAAGUUCAUUGCUGUUUAGAAGUUUCUAUCCUUAUCUGUCCACGUCUUCAAAUGAUUAAGAUUCAGUUUUGUUUGAUAAUUUUGCUCAGUAAACUCAUAUUGAAUGCCUGUCACAGGUGAUCAUGAGCAAAGGUACUGGCAGAAAAUCCUUGUGGACCGCCAAGUCAAACUGAACCGUCCGAGGGAAAAGAAGCGGGGCACUGAGAAGGUGGGUUUAGCAUUUUCAUUUUUAAAAGAAAAGUACCAACAACUCAACAAAUUAGUCUUAACUUUGUAAACAAUACACUUUUAAUAAGAUGUUUUGAACAGUCCUUAUCAGACAUUUGGCAUAGUACAAAAAUACACACAUUUGGGAUUGAAGUUUAGUUUGCAUAUCCCACAAGUAGUUUGUCUUUAAUCCAGUCCAUUUGAGGGUGUAGACUAAUUUAAGAAUCCGCACACAGUAUACUGAGCCAGUACUGCUGCAAAACUAUUUACAAAUGCAAAAAUGGAUCCACAGUUGCAUUCAGGUGCAGUUUCACAGGUCCUGAGCUCAGGUUCACAGGCUUGUUGUGAAUAUCUAGAAUAAUGGAAACUGCACCACUAUCUACUAUCAAGCUAAUAAACUCUCUAGACUGAGAGUUGGUUUGUUAAUAUGAUCCCAUCAAUUAAUCCCAACAAGUGACUGGUGAGGUUGAGCUGACAAAAGUGAAACAAGAUGAGCCUUUGAACCUGAAUUUAGGGCAAACAAACCCAUAUCAGAUCGUCGUAAUUAUGGCAAAACUGUUACGAAACAACAAAAAUUCUGGAGCUUUUAAUCCAUCAAUGACUGUCUGCAGCUAAAAAUGUGAAUACAUUUAGUAGGUUUAGGAAAACAAUUCUGGAUUUCUAUAAACAUCUAUGUUUCUGAAUGCAGAUUUGUAGAUCCGUGCGCACAAUUGUCGCAGUUGUAGAUCAGCAUAUGCCCAUAGUUCAGCUGGAGCCGUUUGUUAACUGGGUCUCACAUUCAGUUUCUUUUCUUCUUGCCGUACCACAGCUCAUAUCCAAAGCAGAAAAAAUCAUCAUCGCCCGGGCCAAAGAGGCUCAUAAGCACAUCCGUUUCCAAGAAGACUGACCACUUCUGAGACAUCUGAACAUUCUGAGUGAAGUGGAUUUGACAUGAUGUAGUUUAACAGGGACAGCUUUUGUUCAUAUGUUUAUAGCCAGAGGGGAUCCGAAUUGAAAUUUGGCAGGUGUAAACUCACAAUUUUCCCCCCUUCCCCUUUAUUUUUAUGUUUGCACUGGAGUCCCCAAGGUAACAUGGAAAUCUGCUUUGCAUUUUUUAAUUCUGACAAUGUUUUUAUUUUAAAAUUGAUAGAAGAAAAAUAUUCUUUCAAAGAUGUAAAUAUGCUAAUUUGAAACUUUUCCCAAUUAAGAUAAAUCUGGGCAUUUCACUUUGAGAAAGUUGCCAUUUUUUUUGUAUUUUAAUAAAGUAUCAUUAUGUGAUACUACAGUGUUCUUCAUCUUUUGUCAUUUUUAACAGUCAAUCUCGAGAGAGGAUGAAUUAUUAAAAAAUAUUAACCUACAUGAUGGCAUUACCAACUAAAAACAGGGUUCCUACACAAGUAUGGAAAAGUAUGGCAGUAAUUUGAUCAAUUUCCAAGUUUGGUAUGGAACAAUAUUUAGGUUUCCAGACUAUUACCACAGUAGAAAAAAAUGUUGUUGUCUAAAAUAGAAAAGUAGGUAUUUCCAAAAAUAAUUCUAAAAGGUAGGGUAUGGAAAAGGAUGGAAAUUACAACUGUGUAAGGACACUGUAAAAAGGCAAAAUCCAGGGUUUUAAGUCUCUCCAAAGUCAAGAUACAGAUAAAAAAAACUGUUCCAUAUGCUCACUAUUCACUGAUGUAUUUGAUGAUGUUUUGAAAGAUCAUUUUUAGCCAUCUACCCUUAAAAAAAAAUAAACUUCUUAUGCUGAAUAUAAACCCCCUUCAAUUAAUAGAUUGCAUAACAUUCAAAAUGAGCCGUACUGCAAAGCAUCAGUGAAAAGCUUGAAGAAUAAAAAUAGCAGCUGUUACAUAAUCUCUGCAUCAUUUAUGGCUUUUAUUGGUGUUAAAGGCAGAAACUACCUGAGGUAAAGCGGCAGCACCAUGUGUCGUCAUCAGACGGGUUUCUAGUGAACUUUUAAGUUUACUAGAAACCAUGCAACCAAUUACUUGCUGGGCUCCUCACACACCUUACUGUCGGCCUGAGUCACUCCUCCGUUCACCUUGGCGGCCCCGUCCAAUGUCUUGGAUUCUUCCUUCCCCUUGGCGAUGCAUUCGAGGGCAGAAGUGACUCCUUUUUCAGCAGGAGAUUGUUGUUGCUGAGUGACAUUACAGGUGGAGUUACAGAUGCAGUUACAGGGAGUCCUAAAAGGCUCAUGGCGCAAAGAGAAGCCGGAUUUCUUCAGAGAGAUUGGGAGGCGCCUUGGCACGUUCCAAACUUUGUAACUGUCCUUCAUGGUUGUGGUAGCAUCAAAGGGCUCGGUGCUUUUCUCAAAGUUCUGAACUGUCGUGCUCAGACAUGUGGCUUGAUCUUCAGUUGGAGUGGAGUCUUUGGUUUUGCCUCGGCCAGAGGACUUUGACUUAAUAUACCAGGACUUGAAUUGCUCAAAGAGGUCACUGGGAUUGUCCAAAAGUGUCUGGUUUACAUCUGAGCCCACAUUUGUCUUUGUUGGCCGAAUGUUGUUGGAUUGAUACGCAGGUUUCUUUGUGCGUGUCCUGGGCUGCACUCCAUGGGCGACGUACUCAACCCUGUAGGUGGUGUUGCUUUCAAACCGAGGUGGCUCUUUCACCUCUGGGUCUUUCUUGGGGUUGACAGGGACUUGAGCAACUUUUCUGCGGAAGGUGCCUCUUUUGGGAACAUUGCUCUUGACAGAUAAUCCCUGGCUGACUUUCAGGUAGUCACAGGGCCUACAAGGCUGACGUCUGUUUAUUUUCCACACCCUGAAGUCGUCUAAAAAUAACAGGCAGUGAGUGGA